GCAGGGCCGGAGGUCUACGCAGCCACACUCAGUCGCUUGACAGCGAGAGCCGGCUGUGUCGACCUUUCCAGCUUCCGGGGUCACUGAGAUUAGAAAUGUGGACAGAGUGUGUGUGCAGGGCCCCCGAACUCCUGCUCAUCCUUCUGGCUGCAGACUGGGCUGCUAUGGAGAGCCAAGCACAGUUUGAGCAUGAGAAGGAGCCAGCCUAUUGGGAUUCUCAGGCCAGAGCAACACUGGAUGCCGCGCUGAAACUCCGCCCACGGGAACACCGUGCAAAGAAUGUCAUCCUGUUUGUUGGUGACGGUAUGGGCGUGUCCACAGUGUCAGCAGCUCGAAUCCUGCGGGGUCAGAUGGAGGGCGAGUCCGGAGAAGAAACUGUACUGGCCAUGGACACCUUCCCGUACGUGGCCUUGUCUAAGACGUAUAGUGUAGAUAAGCAGGUAUCGGACAGUGCUAGCACAGCUACGGCGUACCACUGUGGAGUGAAGGCUAACGCUAAGACAGUAGGGCUAAGUGCUAAUGCUGUGGCCUACGAGUGUAACACCACCUUCGGUAACGAGGUCUACUCUGUACUACGUCGAGCAAAAGCACAAGGUAAAUCAGUCGGUAUAGUGACAACAACUCGUGUCCAGCAUGCGUCCCCGGCUGCUGCCUACGCUCACUCAGUGAGCCGCAGCUGGUACAGUGACGCUGAUGUUCCUUCUAGCGCUCAGCAGGAGGGCUGUGUUGACAUUGCCACCCAACUGGUCACCAACGUAGACAUUGAUGUCAUUCUUGGUGGAGGGAGGAUGUACAUGACACCACAAGGGACACUGGAUCCUGAGUACCCAAGCUCCAACUCUCGCAAAGGAGACCGCAAGGAUAUGAGAAACCUAAUCGACGUGUGGCUAAAGGCCAACCCAAACAAGACAUCACAUUAUGUUUGGCACAAGAAAGAGUUUGAUGAGAUUAAUGUUGAAAGUACCGACCGUCUCUUGGGCCUGUUUGAGCCAAAGGACAUGCGAUUUGAGGUUUUCCGGAACAGCACACGAGACCCCUCCAUUGUGGAAAUGACAGAGAAGGCCAUUCAGAUUCUCAGCAAGAACGCCAAAGGAUAUUUCCUUUUUGUGGAAGGAGGGAGAAUCGAUCACGGACACCAUGAUGGCAUUGCUAAGUUGGCACUGACAGAAGCUGUGAUGUUUGACCGAGCUGUUCAGCGCGCUGCGCAGCUAACCAGAGAGUCCGAUACACUCACCGUGGUCACUGCUGACCACUCCCAUGUCUUCACCUUCGGUGGUAACACGCCGAGAGGGAAUCCUAUCUUUGGUCUGGCACCAAAGAAAGCGGAGGACAAAAUGCCUUUUACCAGCAUCCUGUAUGCCAACGGUCCUGGUUAUGUGCACAUAAAUGGAACCAGAGGGAACAUUACAAUGGUGGAUUACUAUGAUGAAGAGUACAUGCAGCAGGCCGCCGUCCCACUGGACUCUGAGACUCACGGGGGGGAAGAUGUGGCCAUUUAUGCCAAAGGCCCGAUGGCUCACCUCUUUCACGGGGUUAAAGAACAGAACUAUGUGGCACAUGUCAUGGCAUACGCUGCCUGUCUGGAACCUUACACGAACUGCCCUCCUCGCCAACACACCUCGGCCAGUGGUGUGAACACGUACUCCAGCCUGCUCUUUGGGCUGCUUAGUUGUUGUUGGUUACUGGUCAGAUGACCACACACACUUGAACAUGGACAUCUACACAGUGCUGCAAUCACUGCAAACAAAUCACACAGACUGGUAACGGUCAAAACCAUGUAUGCCGUGUUAAUUAUAUGCACACAAUUAGUUACACAGGCUAAUAUACUUGCAAAUAUGAACAUGUAUUAACAUACAUUUGUACAUCCAACUGAUCACCUUGAAGCCAGUGAAGUUUUUUUUUAUAAUGAAGACCAUUUACAGCCUGUGCGGAUUACUAACUUGUUACAAAUGAUCAUUUCUUAUUUCAACUAGGUCAUUGUAUCUAUGGGCUAUGGCAAUGUGACAUUUGACCCCAAUGACCUUGACCUUCAAUCAAAUGAUUCACCUGUGUCUGACCUUGCCAAGGCUAUUCUGGAAUCCACCUAAGUGUGUACCAAAAUUGGGUUGAAAAUCAAAUCCCUUGACCUUUGCCAAAAUAAAUUCUUUAUGAGUAAUUUUGAGAUCAAACUUCAUUGGCAUGUCAAAUUUGGUAGAAAAGGUUCUGGUAAGAAAUGACCAAUAAACAAAUAGGAAGACAUAAGCUUGAACCCAAUUAUUGAUGUUUGGUAAAUUUGGCCUUGAUGGGGAAUUCUAGAUGCCAUAUCCAUAUGCGUGCCACAUUUGGUAUAAAUCAGAAUAAAAAGCUUAUUUUGACCUUUGAUCUCAGUGACUUUGAACCCACUAAUUGACCUUUGGUAAAUUUGUUUUGAAUUCAGAAUUCAUUUAUAUGCGAGUGCCAAGGUUGUAGAUGUUGGAGUCAAAAACUUUAAUUUUGACCUUUGACUCAAUGAUGUUGAUUCCAUUGACUGACCUUAGGCAAAUCUGACCUCAUCUGGACAAUUCCAGGAUGCACCUCCAUAUGUGUACCAAUGUUUGUCCAAAUUAGAGUGAAAAACCUAAAUUUUAAUCUUUGACCCAAAUGCCCUUACUCUAAUGACUGACCAUGGGUAACUUUGCACUCGCCUGAACAAUUUCAUAACCCAGCUACAUAUAUGUGCCAUGUUUGGUGAACAUUGGAGUAAAAAUCAAUAUUUUGCUGUUUGACACCAUUCAUCUUGAACAGUCCCUUUAACGGCAUUCCCAGACUUGUGCUCAUCCACAUACCAAGUUUGGUGGAAAUAGGGCCAAGGACCUGACAGGAGUAUGAGGACAAACAGACAUAAACGUUUCUCAGAUUAUAACAGGAUUUUGUAGACACCUAUCAAGCAUUUGCACUAACCUAUAAUUUGCAAUACACACAUUUCUAUCUGUCCUUAUAGAUACUUUGAUAGAACUGUUGAUGUCUUUGUCUGUCUCUGUUUUGGUUGGACAUGUGACUGUGGUUACAGAAACCUGAUCACUGGGCUGGCACGUAAUGACAACUGUAACACCAACACUACAAGAGGGGUCUCUUACUUAUAAGUAUUUCUGGAAAUCAGGUAGCAUUUACAUUUCUAAAACUUUGCAAUUUUGUCUUUUUUUUUUGUUACAAAUAAUACACAACUGUUUUAC